AUGAUGAGUAGAAACGUCAAAAGAGUCUUAGUAGAUCAAGGUAGCUCGGCCGACGUCCUAUUUUGGGACACGUUCGUGGGGCUAGAAGUCCCCUCUGACCGCCUCCAAUCCUUCGACGGUGUACUUGUGGGUUUUACAGGGGACGAGAUUGAAAUCAGGGGUUACGUGGAGCUUAAAACAACCUUCGGCACCGGAACAUCCAUGAAGACCAUCACGGUAAAAUACUUGGUAGUUAAUUCUCCAUCCUCUUACAAUAUAUUGUUGGGUCAACCUUCCUUGAACAGGUUAAAAGCGAUAGUAUCAACUCCACAUCUUAAAGUGAAAUAUCCCUUAGACGGCGGUGGCAUAGGUACGAUCGAAGUCGACCAACAAGUAUCAAGAAAGUGUUACCAAGACAGCAUGAAGAAGAGGAGAACGUCAAAGGUCGUUGGGCCCCCAUACCAGGUACAGUUUCUUGACCUCGAUCCGAGGGAAGACUUCCCCAAGGACCGACCCCAACCUGUAGAGGACCUGAAAAAUGUCACAAUCGCGCCGGGAAAGUUAGCAAUCAACCCCCGGGUGAAGCCUGUGGUGCAAAAACGAAGAAAGUUCGGUGAAGACAAAAGGAAAGCAAUUCGGCAAGAGGUGGAAAAAUUAUUGUCCGCCAGUCACAUCAGGGAAAUCCAAUACCCGACGUGGCUCGCAAACGUCGUGAUGGUCAAAAAAUCCAACGGCAAAUGGAGGAUGUGUGUCGACUUUACAGACUUAAAUAAAGUUUGCCCCAAGGACUCGUAUCCCCUUCCGAACAUUGAUUGUUUAGUUGACGGGGCAUUAGGUUAUAAACUACUCAGCUUCCUGGAUGCGUAUUCGGGAUAUAAUCAAAUCCGGAUGCACCCCUGUGACGAGGAAAAGACGUCAUUCAUAGCCGACAUAGCCAAUUACUGCUACAAGGUGAUGCCCUUUGGGUUGAAGAAUGCAGGGGCCACCUAUCAACGUUUGAUGGACAAAGUAUUGGUGCACAUGAUGGGAUGA